AUGAGUCAUAGACUCUUGAAAAUUAAAGACAGCAAUCAUAUCAUUCCAAUUUUUGGAGUUGUUAUGUUGGGCCUGGCUGCCAAGUAUGUCUAUCGCCUAUACUCAAGUUCUAAACAGAAACAAAGAUUAAAUGACCCUUGGUACAAAGAGGGAUUUAAAGACAUACCCUCACCGUCCGAGAAGUAUCCUUAUAUCGGACAUAUGCUGUCUUUGGGAGACAAUCCUAGUUUUCAACUAGAAAAAUUGCAUCAAGAACUAGGACCAAUAUUCCGUCUCCAAAUGGGUACUCAACGCUGGGUUCUUUUAAGCGAUCCUUUACUUGCUCACGAUCUGUUUGUUCGGAAUGGAAUCAACACUUCAGGCCGCCAUCCACAGAAAUUCUCGUACAAAAUGUACAGCAAAGGUGGAAGAGGUAUUGUUUUUAGUCAACCCGACAAGAAAUGGAAAAAUAGUCGGACAGUUGCUCUCAUGGUUUUGUCGUCAAAAUUUGUCGAUCCACUGCAGAAAUCUAUUGAAGACAUAGCCGAGAGCACGGUUCUGGCCGUAUUUGGAAAAACUACCCAAUCUCCCGAUGAUCCUUUUAUAAGGCAGAUUAUUCGAGACACAGAAAAGGGGAAUCUUUUGGUUGGCUCUUCGGGUAAUCUUACUUCUUUUUUACCUGGUCUAUCGUGGAUCGAAGAUCUUUAUCAUGGAAAUACAAGAGAGAAAUUGAUUGAACACCGGGAUCAAGAUUUGAAGAAAUUGAUUGCUGAUGCAGUAGACGGGGAUGUCGACUGCCUGGCCAAGCAAAUGAUGACUUUUAAAGAUGAAUACGGUUUAGAUGAUCAGGAUAUGCUUGUUAUUUUGAGCGAUUUGAUCAGUGCUGGUGAAGACACUACAUCUCUAUCAAUGUCUUGGCUCUUUGGGAUAUUGCCUCAUUAUCCUGAUAUUCAAAGAAAAAUGUGUGCUGAGAUUGAUGCAAUUGUUACAAAAUAUGGUCGAAUGCCCGUAUUCUCGGAUCGUGAGGAGAUGCCAUACAUUGUUGCAGUUUUAAGAGAAAAUCUUCGCUUUAGAAGUUCGGUCAACUUUAGUAUUCCCCGAUAUUCAACCGAUGAUAUUGAAUUUCACGAAUACUUUAUUCCAAAAGACACCGUACUUAUAACGAGCAUGUACACAAUGCAUAUGAGACCAGAAAACUUUAGUGAGCCUGAAAAGUUUAUUCCAGAACGUUUCUUGGAUGAUAUGCGUACAUGGUCUGCUUCUGCUAAUGGUGCGAUUGAAGAUCGUGAUAUGUAUGCUUUUGGAUGGGGAAGACGUGUCUGCCCUGGUAUUUAUUUGGCCGAGGUGGAAAUAUUUAAUGUCAUGGUACGCACUCUUUCUCGCCAUACUAUUGAACCCGGAUUGGAUUCUUUUGGAAACCUUGUUUACUGCAGUAUGGAUACUUUGGAUACUCAUGGCAUUACCUUUGGGCCAAAAGAUUUUACGAUAAGACUUGUUGAAAGGAAGGAUAGUUCUUUAAAUUACAGCUCAUAA